AUGAAAGAAAUCAGCUAUCAUUUCGACAAAAUUUUUCAAGAAAAUCAAAAAUUAACAGAACAUUACCAUGAUCUUUAUAACAAACUUCGGGAAACCUCAAAGAACUGCGAGGAACUUAAGCAAAAACUUGCCCAGCAACAAGAUUCCAUUAAGCAAGUUAAUGAAUUAAAAUCACAAAUUUCUUCAAAAGAUUCUGACAUACAAAAUUUACAAAAGCAACUUAAAUCAAAAGACAACGAUAUUUCUACAUUGAAGUCUCAACUUUCUUCCAAAGAUUCCGAAAUUUCAUCGUUACAGAAGCGCCUUGCUUCCAAAGAUUCGGAACUUCCACCGUUGAGAUCCCAUAUUUCUUCCAAAGAUAAUGAGAUCCAGUCGUUGAGAUCUCAACUUUCUUCCAAAGAUUCCGAAAUUUCAUCGUUACAAAAACGUCUUUCUUCCAAGGAUUCGGAACUUCCUCCGUUGAGGUCUCAGAUUUCUUCUAAAGAUUCCGAAAUUUCUAACUUGAAGAGACGAAUUUCUUCCAAAGAUGAAGAAAUUGAGUCAUUGGAAUCUCGUCUUUCUUCCAAAGAUAAUGAAAUUUCUACAUUGAGGAAACGCGUUUCUUCCUUAGAAAGUGGAUAUGAUUCAUUGAAAUCUCAGAUUUCUUCCAAAGAUGACGACAUUUCUACUUUGAGGAAACGUCUUUCUUCCAAAGAUUCCGAAAUUGACUCAUUGAAAGAAAGUAUUUCAUCCAAGGAUGAUGACAUAUCUGAAUUGCAGUCACGUAUUUCAUAUAGGAAUAAUGAAAUUUCUAAAUUAAAGAAUACUAUUUCUUCCAAAGAUGAUGAUUAUAAAGCCAAAUGUGUUGAAGUUGCUGCAUUGCAGGCAGGUGUUUUAUUAAUGCAAAAUCAACUUCAGCAAAACCAAAAUAUGAUCGCUCAAUUGUAA